GAGAGUAGAAACUGUUAAAACGUGUGUUCGCUCUUGCCAGCCUCAGCAUCGCUCAGUUUCUGCAGGAGGCUGCAGCUCAGGAUCUCCACUGGCACCGAUGACCAGAUAUGAUCUAUACCCACCACUUCCCAGUGAACCCAUUUCACUCUGAGCUGGGAUCUCUUGAUUUGUUUGCAUGGAUGAUAACAGCCUACCGCAUAUUCAUGGAUUUCUCAUACCACAACUAAUUUGACUCAAACCCGGGAUUGGUGGUAAAAAAAAAAAAAAAGACAAGACAAGACAAAAAAGGGGGAGCUCCAAGUGGUUUCCAGCGGGGUGUUUUUUUUUAGGUUUGUGGAAGCUGUAGUUCAGCCUGUCUUGGACAUGGGACCGUGCGUCAGCCGAGAGGGAUCCGGUGCCGGAGGAAGAGCAUCUUCCUGAAGGAGGAAAAGCCCGUGUGCGGGAGUUUUUUUAAUUUCCCUUUUUUGCUACCAGGGAGGGGGAGCUGUGGGUUUUACGCGCCGGAAUGAUGCGUCCCAACCGCGGCUUCAUCCUACUCCUCCUUAACGGAACCGCUUGUUUGGUGGCCCUGGGUCAAGAAGACGACUCCUCCAGCCCCAAGAGCUCUUCAGACGACUCCUCCAAGACUGUGGGCCUCCUGAGCGGGCAAGCUCCCCUCUCGCCCCUGAGCCGCUGGAUGCUUCACAGUAAGAGCAGAGCUGCUAAUGCCACCUCUCUGGAGCUGCCGUAUCGCUCCCCGGUCCCUUUCUCCAAGCAGGAGUUUUCUAAACAGGAGUUCUGGGAGAUGUUGGGCAGCGACCUGCUCAAACCCGACGCCUCCAGCUCCAGGGUCAAACGACGGCCUAUUGUUAAGACCGGCAAGUUCAAGAAGAUGUUUGGCUGGGGAGACUUCUAUUCCAAUAUCAAGACGGUUAGGCUUAACCUGCUGAUCACUGGCAAGAUUGUGGACCAUGGUAACGGCACGUUCAGCGUCUACUUCCGCCACAACUCCACAGGCCAAGGCAACAUCUCAGUCAGCCUGGUGCCACCCGUCAAGGCGGUGGAGUUUGACCUGGAGCGCCAGAGUGUGGUCUACCCCAAGGACUCAAAGAUCUUCAACUGCCGCGUGGACUAUGAGAAGGUGGAUCGCAGCAAGCGCACCUCGCUGUGCAACUACGACCCAUCCAAGACCUGCUUCCAGGAGCAGAUUCAGAGCCACGUGUCCUGGAUUUGCUCCAAGCCUUUCAAGGUCAUCUGUAUCUACAUUUCCUUCUACAGUACGGACUACCGCCUGGUCCAGAAGGUUUGCCCAGACUACAACUAUCAUAACGAGAUGCCCUACCUGCCCUCUGGCUAGAAGACUUGUAGGGGGGAGGAGAGGUGGGAGUGGAGAGGAAAAGGGGGAUGAAUAGGAGUGACUGCAACACACGAAGAGGAAACCAGGGCUGUGAAUAGCUCUUAAUGCCACUGUGGCAGCAAGACACCUUAAAAAAGCCCUUUCUGUAGCCUGACUACUGUAAGAUGUAAAAACAUAUAUGCAAAACAAAAACUACAGUAUGCAGAUAAUGAGGCAUUUGGAAUGCUUAACUGCAGCAUUCAUUAACUGGACUGAUAGUGAAAAUCAAAUACCGCCAACACACACAUUCUUACCUCAAUCCAGUUUCUAAAUGCCAACUUUUCGCCAGCUAUUUCUCUCCUCCAUUAAGUCAUUUGUGAAUGUUGUCUGAAUGUCCUUUUAAUCCCCCUUUAUAAUAUUGCUCUUUUGCAAAGUCGCAAGGCAGUAUUUUCAAUGACGAUGCCCAUUUAAAUGCUGUGAUACGAUUCACUGGAGAGUUGUAUACAAAUUCUGACUUUAUUAAAAAUAUCAGACAGUUUAACAUCGUACACUGUAAAGGCAAAAAAGAUACUGAUUUAAAACUUACCAGAGGGAACAAAAAGCAUUGUUUUUCUCACAGAGAGCAGAUGAAUGUAAAGUGUAACCAACCACAGCAUCAUUUAGGUUACACUCACUCAGUCUUCUUAAAGGGCAUCUUUUAAGUCUAUCUCAGAAAAACUGGAAAAGUUCCCUUUCUUCUUCAUCUACUCACAUCCAUGUCCUCACAUGUAAGCAUCCCACCACGGCAUUGUCAAUGUGUGUUUACUUUUACAGCCUGCCAAAUCUAAUCACACUAUGUCUCUCAGUUAUGUCACCUCCAUUUGAAUAAAAGAGGGAAGAGAGGGAGAGAGAGCAAAAGAAUAAUAAAAAUUUGCAAGAAAAAGCAAUUGCUCAACAAAGAUUUAAGGGCAGGGCUUAAGACAAGUUCAGUGCGAAGAAAAUAACUAGAUUCUGCAUAGAGAUAGAAUUGGCCCUCCACACUUAAGAGAGAGAGAGAGAUGUGGGAGAGUGAGAGAGGGAGAGAUUCAGUGAGCUGUUUUAAUUAAAGUGGAGAAGGAGACGUAGAGUAUGCAGCUCCUUCUAUUGUCCCCUCUGUAUGAAAAAGAUUACAUUUUGUUGCCGUCAGGAUUCCUGAUUUCACGCCUUGAUAACUUUGACUGUGUGAGGGAGAUUGCUCUCUCCCGACAAAUACUGUGUUCACUAAAGUCGGCCCGUUAUCUUGAAUAAAUGAAAAUAUUAUCAUAAUAAUUACAUAUAAUUUAAUCUCCUUUAGAACUAAUUAAGGUUUCAACGAGAGAGCGAAAUGUAUUCCUAAAAAUCAAGUCAGCGGGUAGGAGGAUAAGAGGACGUUCAUGGUGAUUGCUGUGUUUUUGCGUGGAGCCGGCAGCCACAGCUCAGCCCAGAGUUAACUGCUCUCAUUAAGAUAAAUGGCCACUGGCUGGCCCAUCUCGUGUUUCUCUCACAAACAAUAUCAGCGGAGAGCAGUGCACAAUGGAGCUAUGAAUUAGGUAGUCUGACAUUUUGUGUGCUGAGAGGUUACCACUAUCCUGCUUAUGAGGACACAAUGACUUUUCAGUUCAUUAACUGUGAACAGUCACAAGACAGGUGUGAAGAGUCAUUAAAUGCUGAUAUCAGAUAACCGGUUUGACGCUAAUGUGCUGUGAUAUCAGGGAUAUAGCCAAGAUCUGUACACGCUUGGCAGGAACUGUGUAGCGAUGUCCCAAGUGGAUCCAUGCAGCAGCAAACGGUCACCAUGAAGCCGUCCUCCUGCGGGGGGUAGCAUAAGGCUGGGCAUAAUCGGUCGCCUUGGCUGCUCUGUGUGAGAGCAGGAGUAGGAGGGAAAAACACAGCCACAAGGGCUAAAGAUAGUAACAAAGACCUGUAAAUCUGCACAUCAAAGCUCUGAGUUUUUAAUUUACCCUUAAAGAGGGGGGUAGCGCUUCUCCAUAUGCAACCAAAUCAACUUGUGGCCCAGAGCAAAUGGCUGUAGUGCACAAGCAAGUCUGCAGGUGACAGACGGCUACACCACCCGCAGCAAUGAUAAAUGCUGUUCAUCUGCCUAAGUCAAACCUCUGCCUCCUCUUACGUGUGAUUGUUUUAUCAAACAGAUAUUUCAUAUAUGCACCGGCUUGGCUGUUGGCUCGCUUGUCUACAACACACGUAUUUGGCUGGCUUGUCUCAUAUUAUAAGUGUCUCACAAUCAAGAAUCCUCAGAGAGGGCUUUUUCGUAAAGAGGCUACAAUCAAUCAAAGUGCAAACUAUGUAGAGACAGAGUCUGAUUUCUACAACAUCACAGUAGCAGUAUACAGUAUUUAUUUGAAAGCAUACAUAAAGAGUCCCAGUGAAACAUGCAAUACAGGGGUAGAUUUGGCAGCAACUGAAACUAAACACCUGAUUGCAUUUGUCUGAAGGUCCUUUUCCUGGAUGAGAUACACAGUUUCAUGUGUGUAAAAUGCUUAUGAACCAGCAUGAAUGAACCACUGCCUCUUUCUCUGUUCACCCAUUUCCUCAUCCUCCACCUCUCUCUAGCCCUUUCCCCUCCAGACGUCUGCGUGUUAUUCAGCCAUAUGCCCUGCUGUCUUCACACUGUCAUCCUCUCCCUGUGUGUGACCUGGCUGACUGGCCUAAGCCUCCAUACCCACUCUACCUCCCUUACCCUGGCGUUGAACCCUGCUGUGGGUAGUUCCUCAUUGCUGCCCUGCCCGCCCUCCUGUGCACAGUGCUGAGCUGAGCUUGCUGAUCUCUGUGAGCUUAAUGCAUCAGCAGUGAGAACUCCCCUCUCUCCUUCUCUAUCUAUCUAUUUCUCUCUAUAUCUAUAUCCCAUCAAACAAAUGCGUGUUCACACACAGUCUUAAGAUGUGCUGGUUUAGGUAUUUUCCUCUCUCCUGUUCAAAGCAUCUUACAUAAGCCCCUGGAUUGUGAGGACAUGAAAUCUCCUCGAGAGCAUGCCAACGGAGUGCCCGACACAGAUACGCCCCAGUAACCUCAAUACUCCCCCCUCCUGCAGGGCAUCUGGAGAGAAGCUGGAUAUUCACACACGUUGGAAUCAAAGCUGGGCAACAUGAGCCCAUAGCACUGAACUCGUGUAGAAGAAACAAGGAAACAUCUUGGGCUACCUGCCGGGAAGAAGCUCCUCACUCUGCUUCUGACCGAUCCUCUCAGAUUUACAGCAAUACUCUCACUGAGACUCCACCCUCUCCGCCUCCCCGGGGUGAUUUAAAAAAAGGCUGCUGGACUAAGUUUAAGAGACAGUCAUGUUGCUGUGGGAUAGUCGGUGUUGUUACGGCAGCAGCCUUACUGUGGACCCAUCUAGUGCCAACAGAUGUGUGGAUAUUUGGCCUUAGAGACUGAAAGAAAACACUGGUCCACUCAGCAAAGAAUAGUAACAGACUGUCAAAAACUAAAAUAUACAUAUAUAUAUAAAAGCUAAGAGUCCUCAGAUCUGAAUAAAGUUGUAUUUAAAUGUGGCUCAUGCAGUGGAGGUUGUCUGUUUUAUCUUUUUGUUCCUCAUGGUUUUGUUUCUCUAUGUCAUGUGGAUGAUAUACUGUAUGGAUGAUAUGAUGGCAUUUACUGUGGUUUUCAACAUUCUAAAAAUCAAUAAAGUACACACAAGUACUUAAACCAC